AUGGCCCCCGCAAACACCCUCCCCGCCUGGAGCGAGCUCCAGAACCAUCGGGACACCGUUGGCAAGUCUUUCGUCCUCAAGGAAGCUUUCGCCUCCGACCCCGAUCGAUUCAGCAAGUUCAGCCGCACUUUCAACAACGGCGCCGGCGCCGAGAUCCUCUUCGAUUUUUCCAAGAACUUCCUCACCGAUGAGACUCUCGAUCUCCUCGUCAAGCUCGCCGAGCAGGCCGGUCUUGAGAAGAAGCGCGAGGCCAUGUUCAAUGGCGAGAAGAUCAACUUCACCGAGCACAGGGCCGUCUACCACGCCGCGCUCCGAAACGUCGGCGGCUGGGACAUGAAGGUGGAUGGUGUUGAUGUCAUGAACACUCCUGGCGGUGUCAACGACGUCCUGGAGCACAUGAGGGUCUUCUCCGAGCAGGUCCGAAGCGGUGAGUGGACUGGCUUCACUGGCAAGAAGCUCACCAACAUUGUCAACAUCGGUAUUGGAGGUUCCGAUCUCGGCCCCGUCAUGGUGACCGAGGCCCUCAAGCACUACGGUGCCAAGGACACUACUCUGCACUUCGUCUCCAACAUUGACGGAACCCACAUGGCCGAGACCCUCGCCGCUUCCGACCCCGAGACCACCCUCUUCCUCAUCGCCUCCAAGACCUUCACCACCGCCGAGACCUGCACCAACGCCAACACCGCAAAGUCGUGGUUCAUCGAGAAGACCGGCGGCAAGGGCGAGAUCGCCAAGCACUUCGUCGCGCUCUCCACCAACGAGGGCGAGGUCACCAAGUUCGGCAUCGACGCCAAGAACAUGUUCGGCUUCGAGAGCUGGGUCGGUGGUCGCUACUCCGUGUGGAGCGCCAUUGGCCUCAGCGUUGCUCUCUAUGUCGGCUAUGACAACUUCCGCAAGUUCCUUGCCGGCGCUCACGAGAUGGACAAGCACUUCCGCACUGCUCCUCUCAGGGAGAACAUUCCCGCCAUUGGUGGUCUCCUGAGCGUCUGGUACUCCGACUUCUUCCAGGCUCAGACUCACCUUGUCGCUCCCUUCGACCAGUAUCUCCACCGAUUCCCCGCCUACCUCCAGCAGCUCUCCAUGGAGUCCAACGGCAAGUCCAUCACUUCUGAUGGCCCCAUCCUCUUCGGCGAGCCCUGCACCAACGCCCAGCACUCCUUCUUCCAGCUUGUCCACCAAGGAACCAAGCUCAUCCCCACCGACUUCAUCCUCGCCGCCAAGAGCCACAACCCCAUCAGCAACAACCUCCACCAAAAGAUGCUUGCGUCCAACUACCUCGCCCAGGCCGAGGCCCUCAUGGUCGGCAAGACUGCCGACGAGGUCCGCGCUGAGGGUGCUCCUGCCGAGCUUGUUCCCCACAAGGUCUUCCUCGGCAACAGGCCCACUACCAGCAUCUUGGUCGGUGGUACCAUCGGACCUGCUGAGCUCGGUGCUCUGAUCGUCUACUAUGAGCACCUCACCUUCACUGAGGGUGCCGUCUGGGACAUCAACUCCUUCGAUCAGUGGGGUGUUGAGCUCGGCAAGGUCCUUGCCAAGAAGAUUCUCAAGGAGCUUGACGAACCCGGCAACGGUUCUGGCCACGACGCCUCGACCGGCAGCCUCAUCGGCGCUUUCAAGAAGUACUCGCAGCUCUAA